CAAGCGGGCCUCUCGGCUCGAGGCCCAGCGGGCCCCGCCCAGCCGCGCCAGCCCUCGCAGCCGCGAUGGCCGCCCCGACCGCAGUGGUGCCGGCCGGCGCGCCGGCGGCAGCGGCGGCGGCGGCGGCCGCGCCGCCAGCGAAGCCCCCCGCGGAGGCGGCGGACGCGGGCCUGCCCAAGGUGAAGAUCCUCCCCGGCUGCGAGCAGCUGGCGAGCCUGUGCCGGGCGGGGGACGUCGACCUGCUGAGGGCCCACUUGGAGGAGGCCACAGACGCAGACCUCGGCGCGCCGCUCGACAGCGACGGCAACACCGGCCUGCACCUGGCGGCCUUCUUCGGCCACCUGCGGAUGACGCAGGAACUUAUCGAGCGGUCCGCCCAAGUGGAUGCUCGUGAGAAGAGGAUGCGGACACCGCUCCACAUCGCGUGCAAGGAGGGCUACGCGGAGGUUUGCCUCGAGCUGCUAGUCAAGAAGGCCGACGCGAACGCCGCGGACGUGUGCGGCGAGACGUCGGUGCACAAGGCCAGCAUACCUAGGAGCAUGCAGGCCCUCAAGCUCGUCUGCGAACAGGGCGGCGCAAACCUGGCAGCCUCGGACAGCCUGGGCAUGACGCCCCUGCUGCACGCCGCCAAGGACGCGAACGUGGAGUUCAUAGCGUACCUGCUCGCCCAGGACGCCGGCCUGGCCGGCGCCCGGAACCAGGCGGGCUGGACGGCGCUGCACCUCGCAGCGAACGGCCAGGACACAAAGGCCAACUCAUUGUCGCCCCCGAGGUACUGCAACUCCGUGAGGGCGCUGCUCGAGGCGAGGGCGGCCGUGGACGAGGUGGACGAGGACAACAGGACCCCCCUGCACCGCGCGGCGGCCGUCGGGAACUGCGGCUCCGCUGGCCUGCUGAUCGACGCAGGCGCGAGCGUCGAGGCGGCCGACGUGUGCAGGUGGCGCCCGAUGCACCACGCGUGCCUGGGCCCUCACGAGAAGAUGGUGGUGCUCCUGCUCGAUAGGAAGGCCGUCGUCGAGGACAGCGAAGGACCUCGGCUGCGUCACCCCGCUUGCGCUGGCGACGGUGGAGAACAUGCCGGGGAUGGUGGAGCUGCUGUUGAAGCGCAGGGCGGACCCGAACCUGCGAGGCCCGGGGGUGGACUCCCCCAUGGCGAUCGCCAGAAAGGACAAGGGCAAGUACGAGGACAUACUAUCCUUGUUCAUCAGCUACGCCAAGUAGCCGCUUGACCCGCGGCGCUCGAGCUGAGUGGGACAAGGGCACAGCACUUCCGAGCCACUUAGCAAUGCUAGCUUAUUGGUCCGACCGCCUCCGCCUCCUCCUCCUCCUCCUCCUCCUCCUCCUCCUCCUCCUCC